GCUGAUAUAUAACUGUAGCAGAAGGUAAGAGCGUUUCAUUUGUUCCAAGAGAGCUCUUGCAUUUUUGUUGUCUCCUUGUGUUUGUUGACCUAUUUUUUCCCUUGGCUUUUGCUGAAAGGAGAGUGAGGAGUCAUGGGUGAUGAUGAGGAAACCACAGCCCUUGUCUGUGAUAAUGGUUCUGGGCUUUGUAAGGCUGGAUUUGCAGGAGAUGAUGCUCCCCGGGCUGUUUUUCCAUCUAUUGUUGGGCGACCUCGGCACCAGGGGGUUAUGGUAGGGAUGGGCCAGAAAGACAGCUAUGUUGGGGACGAAGCACAAAGUAAACGAGGAAUUCUGACCCUGAAAUAUCCUAUUGAGCAUGGUAUUAUCACAAACUGGGAUGACAUGGAAAAGAUUUGGCAUCAUUCUUUCUACAAUGAACUACGUGUUGCCCCAGAAGAGCAUCCUGUGCUGCUGACAGAAGCUCCUUUAAAUCCUAAGGCUAACCGAGAGAAAAUGACUCAGAUAAUGUUUGAAACAUUCAACGUACCAGCAAUGUAUGUGGCCAUUCAAGCUGUUCUCUCCUUGUAUGCAUCUGGACGAACUACUGGUAAAUCUGGAUUGUAGUUUCUAUUUCCUUUU